GCAGUAUAGCUGGGACAUGAAAGGAUUUUGUUGGGCCUCCAACCCAGUAUAUUCGAAAGCCCAGCCCACUUGCCACGUCGCAAUCACCCAGUCACCCACUCCAUCCUGCCCGCCGCCGUAGCUGGUAGCUAAGCUACGUGAAGAAGAUGGUUGGGCUCCUCCGUCCACUCUCCGCCGCCGCCACCUUACUCCUCGCCCCCGCCACGCCACUCACUGGUUCCUCAGUCUCCGCUAGUUCCGUCGGCGGCAGGCGGUGGAGAAGCGUGAGGGCGGACGCCGGCGGGGGCUGGCUAUCCGGGCUGCUGGGCGGCAAGGGCGGCGGCGCGUCCACGGCGAUGAUGGUGACGCCGGGAACCGUGAAGGCCGGCGACCCCGUCCUGCACGAGCCCGCGCAGGAGGUGGCGCCGGGGGACGUGCUGUCCGAGAAGGUGCAGGGCGUCAUCGACCGGAUGGUCGACGUCAUGCGCAGGGCCCCAGGCGUCGGCCUCGCCGCCCCGCAGAUCGGCGUCCCGCUCAGGAUUAUUGUUCUCGAGGAUACGCAGGAGUACAUCAGCUAUGCACCCAAGAAGGACAUCGAAGCACAAGACCGCCGCCCCUUUGAUCUUCUCGUCAUUAUCAAUCCAAAGAUUAAGAGCACGAGUAAAAGAACCGCGCUGUUCUUUGAGGGAUGUCUCAGUGUUGAUGGAUACAGGGCGGUCGUGGAGCGGCAUCUGGACGUUGAAGUUUCAGGUCUGGACCGGAAUGGGAGCACCAUGAAGGUACGGGCUUCAGGAUGGCAAGCGCGCAUCCUCCAGCAUGAAUGUGAUCAUCUUGAAGGCACGCUGUAUGUUGACAAGAUGGUAGCAAGGACAUUCAGGGUCGUCGAGAACUUGGAUUUGCCCCUUCCCACUGGAUGCCCUCAACUAGGUGCAAGAUAAUGGGGAUAGCUUUCCAUUUUUCCUCGUCGAAUAGAUGGUUCAGUCCACAAGUACACUAGUGUGAGCAAUUGUAGCCAUGGAGGUUGAGAGCCUUUGGAGCGAUAGACCACACGUGGCAGAGAAGCUUGAGCAAAGACUUGAUGCCGAUAGAACAAAGCAACAGUGAAGAGCAAGUGAAGUUCUGAUUGAUGAACCAAUAAGGACACAUGAUGACAUGAAGUGGAUCAUAUCAUUCAUGAUGUUGAUUGCAUGUUUCUGUACCAUCACCAUUAGAGAAAGAGAUAAAAUGGAAUGCACAAAACAUGUAUAAUUUGUAGAACAUUUCAUUUUAUUAUUCAAAGGUUGUGUAGAGAAGUAAUUGAUCAGGUUGUGCUAUUAAGAUGGGAAAACUCGUUUGUA